AUGGAAUCCAAUUCUCCUGAUAUGCGCCCGGCACAGCCCGAGGCCUCCACUACUGCCGAGCACAAACCCGCUGUGGCUCAAAAUCUGUCCAAUUACAAGUCAAGCAACCCAUUUGCCAACGGACAGUUUGCUACCAGAUCCUCGACUGAAACCACAGAAACGCUGUUUUUCACGGAAAACGACAACAUCCAGCACGUGGCGACGCUGCUUCCAAGAGAUGUCUUGAAGAAGGCGCCUUUCAAAACGUCAAACAGGAUCUUUAGUGAUCUCAAAUACACCCCGAGGUUCUUCCAGCUUAAACUGCUGCUGGCACUCAGGGACUGUAAAGCAGCAUCCUUGUUAUCGUCGAGGCCGGUGGAUUAUGCUAAACAGCUUCUGCUGGUUCUUGUGACGGAAAAUGACCACUUUGAGCCGCUUAUCUUGAAUAAUGCCGUGGAGUACGUUCCUGCUUUCCACAAGGUCGAUCUACCAGAGAAGAGCUUAUCUGUCACGGUGGUCCGUGGUCUCUUGGUGAGGAAGAUUUCACACGAGAUCUUCCACUUCCGGUUGGCCAUUCUUGAGCAGAACAGACCUCCUGUGUUCUCCAUCGAUAAACACGAGUACCAUGUUCUUCUGCGUGAACAGGUCUCUCCAGACGACUUUGAGUCCUUGGGCGAGGACAAGUUGGCAGCUGAUUCUAUUGUGGAUGAUGUUUUUUAUAAAUCUGCCAACACACCGCAUAAUCACAUCUUGAGAGUCACCGUCUUCCAUCCAGAGUUCACCAAUGACGAGCUUCAUGACAUGACCGACGUGAACGUGGUCAAUGAGCGUUUUGCAGAAAAGAUCAAGGAGUUCCCCGAAUCGCCGUCUGCCCAAGUUACCAAAUUCGAUCCCAUUCAUUGCAUUCAGACUCUCAUCAAGGUGCUCAAGGGUCCUAUUGUGUUGCCUGAGGACCAGCCACUCCAAACUAUACCUAGAAUGAAGUCUGCUCUUGACGCAAAGUUGGAUACUGCGUUGCUUUUUGACAAAUUGGGCUUCACGUUAAAUGAAGAAGAACAGCUAUUUGUUCCUCCAAACCUUGCUAAGGACCCGGUCCUUCGUGAGAGUUACAUUCGAAAAGCCUACGAGCUUCUUUUUAUCGGAAAACUACUCCGGACCUCGCUGCCAAACGACUUUGACAGACAGUUCUCGUAUAACGACUCCAUGUCACGGGCAUUUACUGCACUUGGUGAGGUCGAUAAAUACUCAUCAGUGACAUCGUUUAGGCAAGAUAGCUCUGAUAAGUUUUCCUUCUUUGUGGCAUUGAGUUCGUUUACGUUCUACCAAGAUGAGUUGAUCAUCCGUUGCUUUGAGAACACCGUUUCGUCAGAUCCUUCUAACAAGCUCUAUUAUGUCGACUCGUUCAAGAACUUAUUAGCAUUCAGAUCCUCGAGAGCAGGCAGUCGGUUACAAUCCUACUACCAAAAUCAAUACAACAAGGGCCUAAUGUAUGGCUUUUCGGAAUAUAAGGAUGCCUUGAAGUCGAUUGGUGUCGAGGGAGUAUCUGUGGAGGACAAAGUUGACGACGAAGUUGUCAUUGGCAUGUACAAACAAGCUUGCAAGAACGACCACAAGAAUUACACAUACUACAACAAGCAGUUGAGGAUAAUUGCUACCAUCAAGCAUAGCCCUGAGUUAAUCAAAUUUCUUGACAAAGAGCUCAUACCUGCUCAGAUCGCUCUUGAAGAGUUGAGAAUCGAGGAGCUCACCGAAGAUGACGUGGUUGUGACUGCUUACGAAUUCCGUCUAGAUGAAGUUCUCCAGUCUGUGAACUUCAACACUGAGUCACAAGAGAUUCGUUUCCUCAAAAAGUGCUUGCUUUCUAUCGCUAUCAGCAGAAAAAGUUACAUUCUCAUGAACUAUAUCGAGCUCAAAUCUCCCGACUUAUCUCAGGAAGAGCCACAGUUGAGCGUUGACGAAGCUCUCGAGUUCUUGGAUGCUGAUAGACAAACUAACGACUUUGAGAUCACUGCCAAAUUCCAGGAGAAGAUGGCAACAUCUGAAGUCGGUGAUGUCAGCGCUUUUAUGAACCUCAGGGCAAGUCUACGAACCUUGGCGGAAAUCAAGAAGCUGGACAUCUUGGCGAGCUUCUUAAGAAAUGGUAAGAUCGAUUCGUCGUUGUUGCCACCAGAGAACUGGCCAGCAGGUUUGGACAACAUUGGUAAUACCUGUUAUUUGAAUUCUUUGCUCCAGUAUUACUUUUGCAUUAAGCCGUUGCGCGAAACCAUCCUUUCGUUUGAUGAUACCAAUCUUGAGAGCUUGAAGGUGAAGAAACGGAGAAUUGGUGGACGUGAUGUGGAACAGUCUGAGCUUGAAAGAUCGGGUCAGUUUGUUUUCAGACUUCAAAGCCUCUUUCUGGAGAUGAUCACAACGAGAAGUCGCUGUGUCCAACCAAGCAAAGAAUUGGCAUAUCUCUCAUUUUUGCCUUUAUCCCAAAGCGUUGAGUUCAGGGAUGAGUCUGUAACAGCUAAAACUGAGGAGAUCCUUUCUUCAGAUAUGGAUGUCGAGCCACGCCCAUUCAGUGAUCAGAGACUGCUUGAUGAUGUCGAUAUGUCCGACAAAGAGAAUGAGCCAGCAGCUAAAAAUCAAGCAUCAGACGACAAUCUACUUGACCUCUCAGAGGAGGAGCAGAACGACACCAAACCUCUGAGCGUUGAAGAAUUGUCGAUCAAGGAUGAUCAGUCUUCAAAAGCUCCGUUAGAAUCCGAAGACGCUGCAGAUGAGAAGCCUCAGAAGAAGAUUAUGAGCAUCAGUACUGACCAAAUGGAGAGUACUAUUGAAAUUGGAAGACAGCAAGAUGUGACGGAAUGUAUCGAAAAUGUGACUUUUCAAAUUGAGACUGCUCUUGAACCAACCAAGAUUGACGACGAUGGUGAGCAGUAUGAUUUGGUCAAGCAAUUAUUCUGUGGUAAAACGAAACAGACCAUCACUCCACUUGAAAAAGGAACAAAUGCAAAGCCCAGAAGCUCAUUUGAAAGAUUCUUUAGUUUGAUCAUCAACGUCAGUGAUCAUCCAAAAGAUAUCUACGAUGCCCUUGACAAUUACUUCAUUGAGGAUAUCAUGAACUUAGAGGAAGGUCAAGUCAAAAAGUCCACGACUAUAACUGAACUACCUGAGAUAUUGCAGUUUCAUGUCCAGAGAGUACUUUUCGACAGAGAGAGGCUCAUGGCGUACAAGUCUUUGGAGGUCAUACCGUUUAAAGAGACCAUUUACUUGGACCGCUAUCUCGACACUGACGAUGAGGAACUCAAGAGAAAGAGACUGCAAGUAUACGAGUGGAAGGCUGAAAUCAAGAGAUUGCUGGAGGAGAAAGAUGCCCUUUUGCAAAUUGAUCCCGAAACCAAGCUUUCUGCGAUUGACUCUCUCCAGGCUACGAAAAAAUUUCUCGAGACAAAGUUGUCUACGUUCCCGGAGUUGUCCAUCAAGCCAGAAACCAUUGAGGCCAUUGGUGACCAGAUCACAGAGUUCAAGGGCAAACUUCAGUCCAUCCAUGACGAUAUCAAAGUCUUACAAGAGAAAUCCAGCAACCAAUUUGAUGAUUAUCAAAAGGUUGGAUACACACUUUUUGCCAUUUUCAUUCAUCGUGGCGAAGCUUCAUAUGGCCACUACUGGGUCUACAUCAAGGACCUCAAGAGGAACAUAUUCAGAAAGUAUAACGAUGAUAGUGUGACCGAGGUGCCGGCGCUGGAGGUGCUUAAUUUUGCAGAAGGCAACACAGCCACACCUUAUUAUAUGGUGUUUGUGAAGGACGAGCUUAAGGAGACCUACAUCGAGCCUCUCAAAAGGGAGAUCCCCGAGUGA